AUGGCGGCUACCAGCUCCAUCGCAGCUGCUGCCAUGGCUGCCUCAAGCGCGCCGAUGGCUGCAGUCUCUCGGACCGUGACGAGCGCGCCGUUCGCCUCGCCAAUGCUUCCUCUCGCCAGCCAGCUGCCUUCAGCUGGCCUCUCCGCCGCUCACGCACCCCAACAGCUGCAGAGCCAGGACCGCGCUAGCAAUGUCGGCCGGAGGAGCGUCGCGACACCCGCGAAGUCCACCGCGGCGGAGGCGCCGCUGGACGUGCGCGCGUUCAAGGCGGAGCACGGGGAGGCGGAGCUGGAGACGGAUCCCGCGCGGCUGUGGGAGCGGUACGUGGCGUGGCUCUACAAGGACGAAGCGUUAGGGCUCGAACUCGACGUCAGCCGCAUGGGCGUCACGGACGCCUUUGUCCAGGCCAUGGAGCCCAAGUUCGCGGCGGCGUUCAAGGCGAUGGACGAGUUGGAGAAGGGAGCGAUCUCAAACCCGGACGAGAGGCGCAUGGUGGGGCACUACUGGCUGCGCAAGCCGCAGAUCGCCGCCAGCCCCACGCUCAGGAAGGAGAUCGAGGAGACCAUUGAUGCUGUUGACGCCUUCGCCACCGCUGUUGUCAAUGGCACGAUAAAGCCUCCCCCAUGCCCAGCCGGCCGGUUCACCCAGGUGCUAUCUGUCGGCAUUGGAGGCUCGGCUCUCGGCCCUCAAUUCGUCUCCGAGGCUCUCGCAGGCACCAACCCUCCGCUCCAGGUGCGGUUUGUGGACAACACGGACCCGGCGGGCAUCGAUCGGCAGCUGGACCAGAUCGGAGCAGAGCUCUCCUCCACGCUCGUGCUCGUCAUCUCCAAGAGUGGCGGCACGCCCGAGACGCGCAACGGCUUGCUGGAGGUGCAGAGGGUGUUUCGUGAGAAGGGGCUGGACUUCGCCCGGCAGGGGGUGGCGAUCACACAGAGGGGGUCCCUGCUGGACGACACUGCUCGCAUGGAGGGGUGGCUCGCGCGCUUCCCCAUGUUCGACUGGAUUGGUGGGCGCACGUCCGAGGUCUCGGCUGUGGGGCUCCUGCCUGCUGCCCUGCAGGGCAUCAACAUCCGUGAGAUGCUGCGAGGAGCAGGCGCCAUGGAUGAGGCCACACGCAUUCACAAGAUCCGCAGCAACCCAGCGGCUCUCCUGGCGCUCUGCUGGUACUGGGGGUGUGACGGCAUUGGCUCCAAGGACAUGGUGGUGCUACCGUACAAGGACAGCCUGCUGCUAUUCAGCCGCUACCUGCAGCAGCUGAUCAUGGAGUCCGUGGGGAAAGAGUUCGACCUCGAUGGCAAGAGGGUGAACCAGGGGCUGACGGUGUAUGGCAACAAGGGCAGCACAGACCAGCACGCGUACAUCCAGCAGCUGAGAGAGGGUGUGCCCAACUUCUUUGCCACGUUCAUCGAGGUGCUCACGGACCGGCAGAGCGGCCGCGACUGGGAGCUGGAGCCCGGGGUCACCUGCGGGGACUACCUCUUUGGCCUGCUGCAGGGCACGCGCUCUGCUCUGUAUGCCAACAAGCGCGAGUCCAUCACGCUGACCAUAAAGGACGUGGAUGCAGCGACGGUGGGCGCCAUCAUUGCUCUCUAUGAGCGCGCCACAGGGCUGUAUGCCUCACUCAUCAACGUCAACGCGUACCACCAACCAGGAGUGGAGGCGGGCAAGAAGGCAGCAGCAGAGGUGCUGACGCUGCAGAAGAGAGUGCAGGCAGUGAUCAAUGAUGCGAGCUGCAAGAACCCAGUGGAAGCUCUUACCAUCCAGGAGAUUGCCACGCGUGCUCAUGCACAGGCGCAGGUGAGAGUGCAAGGGCAGAGGAGCAGGUGA